GUCGAAAUGCGAUCAUUGUGUCCUUUAGUCUUCUACUGGUCACACGUUAGUCUCUGCCCGCUCAGUGUUUUCACAGUCGUACUCCGGUUUUUACUCUCAUCGCUAGGUUUUAUUUUUAUCGUUGUGUUAUUUUAAACAUAUUAAAUAUGUUCAAGUGCGUUCAGUGUAACAGAAUGUUCUCUAGCAAAGAUAAUUUAGUUAGACACAAUAAAAUCCACAAAAAUGUUCAGUUUACAUGUGAAAUAUGUUUUAAGACUUUUGCCCGUAAAGAUAAUUUGGCAAAACACACGAAGAAUAUGCAUGCUAAUAUUGUUCGACGUAAUGAACAUGAAAUCGCUUCGGAGAUUUUUGUUCCCGACAUACCUGCCGGUCCAUUAGAUGAAAUUUUUGAUUCCGAUUACGAAUUGUGUGUGCUGGUGAUGGAAGGCACUGAAAAUAUCGGUUUUUGCGAAGGGCUUGAAAAUUGUAAACGGGGAAAUUCGAAGGAUAUAGGUCAGAUAAAGAGAGCCAGGUUAAAUUUAGUAGGAAAUGCGACUGGUUUUGUCAACGUUGGAUCAUCUUUCAAUAAUAUUAUCACUUGGUAUUAUAAAAAAAACUUGGAAAAUAUAUUCAAUCAUUCUAUCUUUCUCAGCUCAAUAAAAUCAGAACUAAUCGAAAUUUUAAAAUCAUCAUCAAAACCACUCAAAUUCAAUCUUAAACUAGAAGCCACAUAUAACAAACCACAUGUAGAUAAUUCGUCCGUGAACAGAGCGUUCAAGACCUCGGCCAGGGUACAUAAAGUUAUUGAGUUCAAUCAGUCGUUAUGGUUAGCAAAAUACAUAAGUUUGAACACCGAAAUGCGAAAGAAAGCUGUGAACGAGUUCGAGAAAGAUUUUUUUAAACUUUUAAAUAAUGCAGUUUUCGGUAUGUUAAUAUUAUUAUUAUUAUUAUUAUUUUAUAGGGAAAACGAUGGAAAGCAUGAGAAAGAUAAUAAAAAUGGAACUUGUAUCUAGCGAACAACGUGUACAGAAAUUAAUAAACCGACCUACGUUCAAGUAUAUCACAUCGUAUAAUGAAAAAUUAUGUGUAGUCUCGUUAGAAAAUAAAAUCAUUGAUUUUUGCAAACCAAUCUAUAUAGGAUUCGCGGUACUGGACAUCUCAAAAACUUUAAUGUAUGAUUAUCAUUAUAAUGUUAUGAAAGCGCAUUACAACAAAGCUCUUAAUAAUGAUAAUCAUACAUUAAAGUUUUUUUCAAUAUUUCAUAAAUCAUAAAAGUACUAUCAGAUAAGCUUU